UCACACUGAGGGAAGGAUCACUAGUAUGUCACUCCCCAACCUGCUUUGGGCACUCGUAGCCUUCACCUGCCUUGGACCUGGCAUGGCACAGACAGUCACUCAAACCCCACCAGCGAUAUCUGUGCAGGAGGGGAAGGCUGUGACUCUCAACUGCAAGUACUCCACCAGUGACACCAGUUAUUCUUUGUUCUGGUACAAGCAAUCUCCUAGUGGGGAGAUGAUUUUCCUUAUUCAUCAGAAUUCUUUCAAUCAACAGAAUACAAUUGAGGGCCGAUAUUCAGUGAACUUUCAGAAAGCAAGCACCUCCAUCAGUCUCAUGAUCUCUGCCUCACAGCUGGGGGACUCCUCGAUGUAUUUUUGUGUUCUGAGAGAGGAAGGAAGUGGUUUCAACAAACUUGUCUUUGGUAUCGGAACUCGGCUUUUCGUCCAGCCAAAUAUCAAGAACCCUGAGCCAGCUCUGUACCAACUAACAAGCCCCAAGUCAAGUGACACUUCAGUCUGCCUCUUCACAGACUUUGACUCUUCUGAUCCAAGUGGUAGCAAUGCAACAGUGCUGGAAAUGAUGACGAUGGAAUCUAAGAGCUAUGGAGCAGUGACCUGGGGUAGUAAAUCAAGCUUCAAUUGCACAAAUUCAUUCCAACAAAGCGACGUCACUUUGACUCUACCCUCAGGUUCUACAUGCAAAGUCAAGGAUGUACAGCAAAGCUUUGAAACAGACAAAGAUUUGAACCUGAUGAACAUGUCUCUGAUUUUUCUCCGUAUCAUCUUCUUGAAGACUGUGGGAUUUAACCUGUUCAUGACGCUUCGUCUGUGGUCAAACUAAAGUCUGACAAGAAGGCAAGUGGACUCCAAAUUUUCAGCUCCUUUUUUCUGCAUCUGCCCAUUUCCUUUAGCAUGAAAUGGAAAUACCUGCCAAGAUUCUGAUGAAUGAGUAUACACCUAGACUCUCCAGGCCAAUAGGAGAUACCAUAGACUGGAUCCUACCAUGUAUUUGGGAUACCAAAGUAGAAGAACCUCCCCAAAUGCCAACCCAACCCUUUUGGUUCCUUCAUUGCUGUUUUUAACAUCUGUCAUUUAAUAGAGAUUGUAAAGGCACGACCAGAGACUUUUCUGAGCAUGAAGAAAUGCUAUACCUGCAUUUGCCCUCUUGAGAAAUUUCUGAAAGAGUGGAGGAAAGAACACUGUAGGUUCCUAAAGGUCCCUUGGUAUCUCCAAAACCCUUUAACUCCUUGGAAAAAUUGCCCUCUGACUCCUCCUGCUUCCCUUCUCCACUGCACCCCACCCCCCAUAUAAGUGAGGAUUGUAAGAAAUUUUUAUUUUUUUUAAUAGAGUUCAUUUAAAAAUCCAUUUAAUUCUUUUUAUUGUUGUGGAAGAGAUUCUAUAAUUGGGUAAAACCAACUUUACCAUGUAUCUGAGCUACACUGUAUUCUGCCACCUAGCCAGGUCAAUAGGCUUUAUUAAAGGUGCUUUUGGAAAAGCAAA